AUGACUGUACACGCACGACCCUUACCGUCCUCGGUCGUUGGCGAACUACAGCAUCCCGGUGUCGAUCCCAUCAUGUCCCAUAGAACUCACAAAUUGAGCCGCGCCGCAGAACAAACGUCUUUCUCCGAAAGUUACGUGAUUGUGGAACCGCAAGUCAAUGCCGGCAACUGUGUUCCAAUGGACACGAAGCUGGAAGAUAGUCUCCUUCCGGAGGACAUCAUCAACGACGUAUUUGAUCUGGAAACUAUGGUUGUUGCAAAACAGCAACAACAGCAACAGUUAUCCGCCAAGGACUGUGGUCUCCGUAACAACUGCUCCUAUUCCACCUACUCUCCGAACCUUCUCGAACUGGAUGCACCCCGGGACUUGAACACGUACCCUUCCACCGCGUCCUCGUCGCCCAGUCCAUGUUCGCCUAGGCUGAGCAACACAAUUCCGCCAGAUUCGCGGUCAUAUCUGAGCCCUUGAUUUUUACUCUCAGACACCUAUUUCUUCAACCCAUGCAUCUGUCAUCCAUUGGUCUUUCACGAACGGACUGCGUCGGCAUUAUCUUACCAAGAAGACCUUAACAGACCUUACGCAUUUGUGUUCGGUCGUGUUCCUAUUGAACUCUUCUCUUCGACUAUUCGUAGCGAGAAUUUGCAUGCUUUCACUUUCGAUGUGUGACCUUGCCACCCAAAGGACACACUGUGGCUGUCAUCAUUUGUCAGACUACAAGGUCUUACAAUAACACACAUGGUUUUGACUAGGUCCCCUUGCUGACUGAGUCCUCCCGCCUCCAGUUGUCCCGAUAUUUUCCGGACCAACUGCCUACCACUCCACACGCUGCCCCCACUUUUACUUCACUCAGGCGAAUCACUUACUCUCCGGGACCUCUCUCAAGCAUCUUGCGUUAUCGGUCGAGUGCUUCAGACUGGAACGUCUGUGUUUGUGUUAGUGUGUCUUCAAUUACUUUUGUGCCCCUCAGCUCCACUCCCCCCCCCACCUCCACGUUCACUGACACACCCUAGCACAGCCAGCCCACUACCAGGAUAUGUUUUCAGGUAUUAUCUCUCUCUCUCACACACACACACACACCACACGCCCUUUCGUUGUUGAAGUUUUAUUUGAUUUUGUCGUUUUGCUGACUUUUUUGAGGUUUGAAAAGCCAGGACAAUCCUUCGGUCAUAGCGCUCAAUUCCGGUUCUCUGGGUGUGUCGUCACUGUUCUACAGGCGUCGCUAGUGUGCAGGACAGUGGACUAGUGGAUAAACGUGUGGCAGUCUGAUUAGAUUCCUCUGCGGUUUUUUCAAAACACAUUUGCUUUGACAACUUUAUUCCCGCACACACACACACGCGCCCUUCCGUUACCUCCUUCUGACACAAGCUAUUUUUUCACGUGUUUUCGCGCAAUAUGCCACAGGUCUGUGUGUGUGUGACCUGUUUUUGAGCUUCGAUGUGCAUGCCUCGGAACCCUUCUUUCCGCCCCCCCCCCUUCCGGCGCCACAAAUACGGUCAGGGCUAGCGUUUUUACAUUUUUAUCGCUAGAGAUUUAUCCGAUAUCUGUGUGUACACACACCUUUUUCUACGGCUAAGGCUGCGCCGCGCAGGGGCAGCGUUAUUAAAGGCAUUUUUCGCGCUGGCCUCCUCAUUUCCAAUCCAUCCGCCGUUCACAUUUCUUUCCCAUCCUGUUUCUCACACUGGACGCCAUCGUUUUUGACUACGGCCUCUUUCACCACUGCAUCCUUGUUUGUACAUUUCGGUGUGUGCGUGUUGGGGGAAGUUGUAUUGUUCGUCCGGCGGUUCGCAUCCUUCAGUUUUCCGUAUCCAAUGAACUUAGUUCACAAUAAGAGUCACACGCACAAUUUUUAAUCCUCGUACACACGCUCGCUGAUAACGAAGAUCACACCAUUUACCAUUUUGCAUAGUGUCACAAUUUGUGUGUGUGUGUAGUGGUUAUUCUUCCGGCUUUCUUGCCAUCUGAUUUUAUCUGCCCCUCGUUUCCCAGCGCCCCGUCAUCAUUCAGUCUCACUUUCAAGACGUCCAUAUCUCUAGAUCUCUUUGUUUGUUUCUCUGUGGCGCCGUUCACCUCGUUCCCCGGAAUUGUUUUCGCUUUCUUGUACUCGUCUCUCAUUUUUCUAUCCGGUUCGAUCAUCCGGCCCACCCUAUUCUCCUCGAUCACUCAGUGAAUAUCCCAUUCUAUUUUCGACGCUCCUUGUUUUUUUUGCUAUUUACAUGUAGAUAUACAUCAUGUCUUCAAAGAAC